AUGGUUACGUUCACAGUGUCACAAUUUGGAAUUUGCUCACCCUGCAUUGCUCAAUUCGUGAAGAACCGUAACGCGGAAGAAUAUGCAGUGCAGUUUCCAGAUGCGGCCAGAGCAAUAGUAGACAACCACUAUGUGGACGACUAUUUCGAUAGUGCGGACACGGUCAAAGAAGCACUAAAGAGAGCUCAAGAAGUGAAGCAUGUACACGCUAAGGGCGGCUUCGAAAUCCGUAACUGGAUUUCUAAUUCCGAAGAAUUCCUCCAAGGUAUUGGUGAGAAAACAGCCGAUCGGAGUAUCCAAAUACUUCAGGAUAAGGAGUCAAAUCUUGAGCGAGUUCUUGGAAUAGUGUGGAACCCAGUGAGCGACAAAUUCACGUUUCUGACACAACAUCGGAUCGAUUUGAUACCGUAUCUUAGGGGCCAACGGCGGCCGACGAAAAGAGUAGUGAUGAGUAGCGUUAUGAGUCUCUUCGAUCCGCUGGGAAUGCUGGCACCCUUCGUAAUCUACGGUAAAAUGCUAAUUCAAGACCUGUGGCGCAGCGGUAGUGACUGGGACCAGACGAUCAAUGAUGAAAGCUGCAUAAAGUGGGAUCGAUGGAUCGGGCGGCUCCCAGAAAUAGAAAAAGUGAAGAUUUCCCGUUAUUACUUCCAACAAUCAAGCGUUGUUCAAUACAAUACAUUGCAAUUGCAUGUCCUCGUAGAUGCUAGCAAAGAUGCGUAUGGUGCAGCGGCAUAUUUUCGGGUCUUGACGGACGAUGGCCCUAUUUGCUCUUUGGUGAUGGCAAGGUCGAAGGUCGCUCCAUUGAAAAUGAUAUCCAUUCCAAGACUGGAAUUGCAGGCAGCGGUGAUAGGGUCGCGAUUGCUGCAAACAGUAGUCGAUGCGCAUUCUCUAGAAAUAACAAAAAGGUUCAUCUGGUCAGACUCCAAAACAGUUAUUUCGUGGAUCCAGUCGGCCCGUGGUUUUGUGGUCCACAUUUCCUGUACCAGCCAGAAGAAGUGUGGUCAAGACAAUACACGAUGGAAUGUGCUAGUUAGAUCAAUCGCGUGCGUUUACCGUUUCAAUUCCAAUUGCGAGAGGAAACGGAAAGGUCUAGCAAUCGAAGCAGUUCCAGGACCAUCGAAGGUGCGACGAAUAGUGCAGAAACUUGUAUCAGCGGUAGAGGUUCCACUGAAGCGAGAAGAAUACCAGAGAGCAGAGAUGUGUUUAUGGCGCGCGGCUCAAGCAGAUGUAUAUUGUGAAGAAGUGAAGACGUUAAUGAAGAACCGUGAAGUUCCUUAUGAAAGGUGGCAGGCAAUAGCAAAGUAUAGCAAUCUUUACAACGACUGUCCGUUCAUGGACGACGAGGGUGUGCUUAGGAUGGACGGCAGAACCGCCCAAGGUUCUUUCCUGCCUUUCGAGCUUCGUUUUCCUGUAAUCCUACCCAAAGGGCACCCUAUUACUCGAAAGCUGUUGAAACAUUACCACCAGCAGGCGGCUCACGCAAAUGCGGAGACCGUCGUCAACAAUGUGAGGCAACGUUUCCGAAUUCCGAAUCUACGAGCGGAGAUCAAAGCGGUGGCGAAGUCGUGUGUAUGGUGCAAGGCAAAGAAAUGUUCUCCAAAAAUUCCAAAAAUGGCUCCACUUCCAUUGGCUCGCAUUACCUGUAACCAUUGCUUGGUUCCAAUUAUUGUUUGCUGGCCCUGCCACAAGUCCGACAUCCCUUUUCCUUCGAAUAUUAACCACUACGCCCUUUGA